AUGAUGGAGCUGCUGCUGCUCCUCAUCCCCUUGGCAGUGCUGCUCUACUGCUACAACACCACCUUCCACUACUACUGCAAGGUGGCUUUCUUCAACUGCUGGGUCUUGGCCAUGGCCACCCUCCUGUCGCCCAUCGCCGCGUUCCGGGGACGCUCCGUGGAGAACAUGAAGCUCCUUCGUGCUGCGAUUCUGCCCCUCAAACACUUGUAUGGCAUCAAGAUGCAGGUGAGGGGUUCUGAGCACCUGAACCUCCAGGAGCCCUUUGUGAUAGUUUGCAACCACCAAGCUUCCCUUGACCUCUUGGGCAUGGUGGAGGUCAUUCCUGAGCGCUGUGUGCCCAUUGCCAAGAAGGAGUUGAAGUACAUGGGCACUGUGGGCUGGGCCUGUUGGCUCAGUGGCAUCAUCUUCAUCGACCGCUUCAGGAGGGAGGUGGCAAUCGAUGUCAUCUCCAAGACAGCCGAGACCGUGCGACGUGAGAACCUCCGAGUCUGGAUUUUCCCUGAAGGCACCAGGAACCAGAGCAAAUCCAUGUUGCCCUUCAAGCGUGGAGCUUUCCACUUGGCUGUGCAGGCUCAGGUUCCCAUUCUGCCCAUUGUGAUCUCCCCAUACUGGGACUUCUUCAGCUCCAAGGAGAAGAGAUUCACCUCUGGGACGUGCACCAUCCAAAUCCUCCCCAAGGUGGAAACACAGGGCCUGAGCCCAGAGGAUGUCCCUGAGCUGAGCGAGACUGUGCGUCAGGCCAUGGCUGAUGUCCUCACUGAGAUGUCUGCGAGUCACUGUGGGAACCAACACGAGCAGCCUCCUCUCCCCCACUGCACUGGGGGUGGUGCUG